UGUGAUCUACUGCAGCUGCUUUACCUGAGCAUACUUGGAGUAACAUACCUUGUCAUUGCAAAGUCAUCUUUCAGAUAUAUUCCUGGUUAUUAUGUUAGUGAAUUGCACAGGUACACAAGCAUGUUGGCAGUUGGGGUGGGAGUUAUUCUGUUUCUAUUGACUAGCUUUUCUGAUCCAGGAACUGUGACAGCUGAGAAUGUUUCUCAGUACAUCUCUGCCUAUCCUUAUGACAAUAUCAUAUAUGUGGAAAAAGAAUGUUCGACGUGCAAGAUUUCAAAGCCUGCGAGAUCUAAGCACUGUGGCAUAUGUGAUCGAUGUGUUGCACGAUUUGACCAUCAUUGCGGAUGGAUGAACAAUUGCAUUGGGGAGAAAAAUACCCGGUACUUCUUGGCUUUUCUGCUCUGGUGAGUGUCUGUUUUCUUGUGUUAUUUUUUUAUGAUUAUUUAUCAGUAAGUAUCAAUAUGAGCUGAUAUUGAAUGCUUUAAAUCUUGAAAUUUCCAUCACAAAUAAAUUUGGGUCAUUUUACUCAUAGUUUUUGAGAAAAGGAUCACUUUACUCUUCAUUGUUAAUAUUUUUCAUUAUGAGAUAUGCAUGAUAUGUUGAACCUUAGUGAGUCUGCAUAUGCUAAACAAAAAACUUAUGUACAUAGAGAGUUUUUCCCAUUUGUUAUUGAAGUUACUUGCAUCGUAGAUUCUUGCUCUAGCACUAGCUUCUGAACAUUGUCUUGCUUCUAUUACUUAAGCUUGGAGCAUUGAAAUGAGCAAUUUAUGUUCUCUUAUAUGUAUGACAUUAUCAAUCCUUGGACUAUGUCGGCUAGUUUGGGUUUGCAAAGUAGUGGAAUAAUUUUUAUAUGCUUUAUCCAUAUGACGUGCAAAUAAGAAAAUGUAAAACUGCAGCUGUUCUAGGUUGCAUUGUAGUAUAGUCCCUCAGCAUUUCAUGCUGGAUUUAAAUUGUGAAUUGUUGGAUCUACAAUUGAUGUGAUUGUCUGACUGGAUUAACUCCAUAUGACAAUAGGAGGCAUGGGCAAGUUGCAUUGAAUUGAGUCUUGGAGCAUGUAGGUUUGUUUAUGUGCAAGUGGCAGGUUCUGCAUCAUUCAUUUUAGUGGCAAAAUGUCAAGCUUCAU